GCAGAUUCGUUGGCGCCGUUCAAGUACCUGUACAAGUCCAGCACGCAGUUGUCAGUCUACCCCGCGCCAGCCACCGAUGACAGCACACACACAUGCAGUACAUCGUCAUCGUGGCACCCCUCUCUCCCUUUGCACCAUCUGCACCAUUCUACAGCUACGAUGGGGCGGCCGACCUGACGGACAGCAAUGCAGCCCAACACACACCACCGGCAGUGGAGAAGCGCACGCAUACAAGGGAGCCGAACUGUACCUGUCGUCUUUCGUCAGGUGUCAAGGCGUAUGAGAAUGAUCUCAUAUAAUCUUCCCCCCAGCCGAUGACGUACCGGCCUUCAAUCCCCUCGAUCGUGUCGCCGUGAGUGCGCUCCUCCACCAGCCGAGCGAAGGAGGCGCUGGCCAGCGGAUAGAAGGUGAGCUUCUUGAUGCCGCGGAUCUUGAGCAGCGACCUGACGCAGGCAAUGCCGAACUCACCAGCGGCAUCGCCAUCGCCCAAAUCCUCGGGCACUGCACACAGACAGAGAGGCAGUAGUCACAACGGCCAGCAGGCUGGUCCAAGCGGUUAUUUGCAGCUCACCUUCUAGACUAACACUCAGUUCUGAGAUGGCCGGCCUUCACGAAGUCGGCAUGGAAGGACUUCAACUCCCUCUCCCCACCCAACGCCUGCAGCACCGCCACCGCUUGCUCUGUCGGCCUAUGUAAGAAGAUGCUCUUCACGACGGGCAUCUUUGUCACCAGCCUGCGGCUGAUCGCGAGCCCCUUGUUGCUGUAGCUGCACAGCAACGAUGCGGCGGGGAAUGCGUUGGGGGGCAUGCUGUCGAGCACAACCGGGUCGGACUCGUCGGCGUCAGGCUCCAAGUCGCCAUUGAUCAUCACCCUCUCCGCCUUGGGGAAUGUCAGGCAGUGUGCGAGGGACCGAGCAGCGGGGCUGGCCGUGUCGAGAGGGCCGGUGGUGGUGAGACGGUGGGAGCAGAUGGUGAAGCAUGGACGCUGUGAUGCGGCUGCCAGCUGCUGGAGGCGCUUCUGCACGAAGGGGGAGGGCUCCGGGCGGGUGGGGACCUCACAUAGGAGCGACAGCUCGAAGUCCUGGCGCGUCCUGAUGCCGACGGGGAUGUCGGGCCUCACACACACGGUGCGGGUCAAGGCCUCCAUGGCCUGCAGGGUCUCGAAGAUGCGGCUGUCGAUGCGGUAGUCCUCGAGCGUGACGCUGAGCUUUUUGAUGGAGCGGCAGCCACGGUCGACGAGGACAGCCUGCACACAGACACACGCACAUCACAAGCAAGCUCUCGCCCUCCCUCUCUGGCCUUGUGUGUCUUGUGUGGUUCGUCGCAUACCUGAAGGCGCUGCAGACCCGCAGCGCUAGCAUGCAUGCUGAGGGUCCCGAUGUCCUCCAGCUGCGACAGGGGGCCCGGCUGGCCAGCAGCUGCCUUGGGGAUCUGCGCCAGCAUGCCGGUCAUGACGUUAGGGUGGCAGCCCACCUGCAGCUCCUUGAGGCGCCGCGACGUGGCCACCAGCUCCCCCAACGACUCCCGCCGCACCGUCCCGUCUAUCUGCACCGUCUCGAGUGACGGCAGCUGCCAGUGCCGCCCGUUGCCGACACAGAGGCCAGUCAGGCCGGUGAGGGAUGUGAGGGAUGCGAGGGUGGGGGGCGGGUCGAUGGGAGGGGGGAGUGACGCCGACCGCUGUUCGGCAGCUCGGAAAGUGCGACCCUCAGCCUCGUCGACGGUUACGCUCGAGUCGAAUUUGCUGAAUUCUAUGGACUCGAGCGUGCUCCCCGCCUGCUGCCCGGUUGCUGUGGCCGCAGCGGCUCUCCGCCCCUCGCUGUGCCCCUCCACCAAUGCCGUGACGAUCUUGUCCCUCAUGUACGGCAGAGAGUGGGUUUCACGAGCGUAUCGCCGAACAGGAGUCCCUCCUGGGAUGAGGAGGGCAAAGGGAUACCGGUUGACGAUGGACUUGAGCCGUGUGAGCCACUGGCCCCAUUCGAAGGCAUCGCUGAACGACAGGCCGCACCAGAAUCGCCGCUCGGCCGUGUCGUGGGUGUCCAUGACCAGCCGUGUGAUCUGGCAGCCGACGUGGCGCCAGAGCCGCUGGGGCAGCGCCGCCACCAAAUGAAGCGACAGGAACGAGAAGACGUAGGCAACGACAACAGGCUGAGUGCACAACACACACACACAGAGGAAACAAUAACGAUUUGUGCUAACGUUUGGUGCUGUAUAGACACUCACUGCAUUCCCUCCUCUAUCCCAGUCUGUCUCCCUUCCCAUCGUCUUACAAUUUGCCUAAAUUGCUGUGCGAAGGCCUCCAGAUCUAUGGUGUGCGAUGGCGUGGCCUGCUGCUGCUGCGGGCUGUCGGUGUCCAUCAUCGCCUCGUCGUGUCCAUCUUUCAACUCAUCCUCCUCUGCCUCCGCCGCCCGCCUCUGUCGCUUCGGUGCCGACUCACUCAUCGC